AUGGACGCAGCAGGGGCUGCAGCUGCUGCUGCUUUGCUGUGGGCCCCACAAGGUGCUGAUGCUCCGCGAUCAGACUCCGAGGGCACUGAGCCUCCCAGUGAUCAGGAGAAGGCAUGCUCCCGUCAGUCUGCGGUGGCCGUGGGGCUGGUCAAACUGCAAAACUUCCCGGCAUCCUGGCUUGAGGAAGACAGCGGCUUGCUUCAAGAGAGGGUAUCGCGUCUGCUCGGGCGCUUUGGAACAUUGGCUCUGGAGCCCGUCGUUGCGAAGAAGGAAGGACCUGUGCUGUACGCGGCCUUCGUGGAAGCAUCGUUUGCCAUCAAGGCGGUGUCCAAGCUGGACGGCAUGGACUUGCGAAGCAAUGCCGAGAAGCGGGCGGCGGCAGGCUUCAUGCCGCAAGACAUGUUUUUUGAAAAUAGCUCCGGAGAUGGCUUCAAUGAGAACUUGCAGCUGGCCACUGAUAGCUGCUAA